AUGCCGAGCAGUAUGAAGUUGGACUGGGGUCGACACCGAUUGGCAAAUCAAAGCGUCAACAUGGCCACAUUCGACAAUUGGCUUUUCAAUGUGGCAAUGUGUGCCAGUAUGGUAACUCCGUAUGAUGUCGGACGAACGACCUCAGCCAAAGCUUCAAAAGAAAGGUUGUUUGUGCACAGUGUUAGCGACAACGAUGAGGAGACUCAACAGCGACAGCAUCAUGGAGAAUCAGAGAAGACUACAUGCCCAAAAUGUGGAGGCACGCACCGACUGUCGGAAUGUGUCGACUUUCGAGCAUUGAACGUUAAACAGCGCUGGGAGUUUGUGAAAUCGAAACGGCUAUGUUUCUGUUGUUUCUGGCGGCAUCUCGUACGAAACUGCAAAGCUAAAGAAACCUGUGGCGUCGAUGGAUGCAAAUCAAUUCACCACGUACUGCUGCAUACCAAGCUGACUGGGCAAACAGUGCACCGAUCUGCCAACAAGGAGGAGUCUUCAAUCAUGUUUCAUGGAAAGACGGCGAGUAGCCCUCUCUUUCGCUAUAUCCCGAUAACGAUCCACGGCAAAUCCAAAUCUGUGAAAACAUUUGCUUUGGCCGAUGAAGGAGCUGCUUGUUCUUUAAUUGAAAGAUCCUUGUCUGACGAGCUCGAGCUAGAAGGACCGGCAACUCAAUUGUGCCUGAAAUGGACAGGUGAUGUUUCUAAGGUUGAAAACAAUUCGCAAUCGUUGGACAUCACUGUAUCAACUACGAGUAUGGAAUCGCAGCGAUACAUUCUGAAAAAUCCCUAUUCCAACGUACGAGCACGAAUCAUCAUUGGACUCGACAACAUUAAAUGGACUAUUCCGCUGGAGUUGCAUGAAAGUGAAGACGACGAUGUUAUUGCAGCACGCUGCAGGCUUGGCUGGGCUGUUUACGGCCGCUCAGCAAAGGAAUACUCAUCGAUUCCACGCCUGCUACAUAUUUGCCAAUGUAGUGAGACUGGCAGUUUGGAUGUUGCAUUGAAAGAGUACUUUUCUUUGGAAUCUCUGGGAAUUGUCGCUACGAUCAAUCCAUUACGAUCCAAAGACGAUGAGCGAUCGAUGCAAAUCAUGGAAGCAACGACAACGUUCUUGGCAGACGAGAAAAGGUGGCAAACUGGAUUACUGUGGAGAUUCGACAAAGUGGUCUUGCCUGACUCCUAUGAAAUGUGUCUUAAGCGACUAAAAUGUCUUGAAUCGAAAAUGUCGAAAGAUCCGCAGUUACGCAACUUCAUGCUAACGACGAUGAAAAACUAUAAGGAAAAUCGUUACAUCAGACGCCUGGAUGAUAGUGAGUUGGCGCGUAAAGAUAUAACAUGGUUUCUUCCCAUCUUUACCGUCACCAACCCUAACAAGAAGAAGACACGUUUAGUGUGGGACGCCGCAGCGAAGAUCCAAGGAGUGUCUCUAAACGACUGCCUGCUAAAAGGUCCUGACACACUUGCAUCAUUGAUGGGCAUUCUAAUACGCUUCAGAGAACGCCCAAUUGCUAUUUCGGGAGACAUACGCGAAAUGUUCCACCAAGUGAGGGUGCGACCAGAGGAUCAGGCAGCUCAGAGAUUCCUCUGGCGUGAUGGAAACUCGCAACGGCCACCGGAGGUAUACGUCAUGCAAGUUAUGACUUUUGGAGCAUCGUGUUCACCUUCCUUGGCGAGUUACGUUUUGAAACGCAAUGCUCAACGAUAUGAAGCUGAAUAUCCCGAGGCCGUAAAAGCCAUUUGCGGCAACACUUUCGUCGAUGACUGGCUUCAGUCUGUGGACUCAGUAGCUGAGAUGACAAAGCUGGCCCAGGCUGUAAAACUAAUUCAUGCUGAUGGAGGAUUUGACAUGCGACACUGGACAUCCAAUUCUCAAACAGUGGUCUGUGCUCUUGAGAAUAGAUAUGACAUGUUGGACAAGCCAAUUUGUUACCCAGACGUUGGUCCGGAAAAGGUUCUGGGCAUGUGGUGGCAACCUGGAAAAGAUUGUCUAACGUUUAUGGUGAAGCCAGAUACGAUCGCAAAGGCUCUGGAUGGUCGGCCAACUAAACGCCGCGUCCUGAGCAUGAUUAUGACCAUAUUCGACCCCCUUGGAAUUGUUGGAUUUUUCAACAUACGCGCAAAAAUCAUUCUGCAAAAUAUAUGGAGGAGUGGAAUCGGAUGGGAUGAGCCGCUGAAAGAAGAAGACGAGGCAGACUGGCGUCGUUGGUUGGAUUUGGUGCCAACGUUAAACAAUCUGCGUAUAGCCCGAUGUUUGAAAGGAGUUAGUGCAGCUAGAUGUCUGGAAAUGCAUACAUUUGUAGACGCAAGUGUUAAUGCAUACGCUGCCGUCGUAUACAUCCGAGCUGAAGUAGACGAUCAAGUUCAUUGCAGCCUUGUAGCGUCGAAAACAAGGGUUGCUCCAUUGAAACCAAUUUCGAUACCUCGCAUGGAACUCAUGGCUGCUGUUUUGGGACUGAGGUUGGCCAGAUGUAUCGAGUCUGAAAUGUCAGUACACGUUGACAAGAAAGUGUUCUGGACAGACUCUAGAGACGUUCUAUACUGGAUACGUUCGGAUGUUCGUAAGUUUCACCAAUUUGUUGCACUCCGCAUUGGCGAAAUCUUAGAAGGAUCAGAUGUGAGUAACUGGAGAUGGGUCCCGUCAGCGCAAAAUGUGGCCGACGAUGGUACCAAAUGGACAAGAACGCCUGUCAUUAACGAAGCGAAUAGGUGGUUCAGAGGGCCUCAAUUUCUAUAUUCGGAUGACUCUCAGUGGCCGCAGAUGAACAUUGAUGCGAGCCAACAUAGCCAUACUAUUCUGCAACACGUCGAAGAGCAAUUGGAAGCCAUGUCACCUUUGAGCUGUAUCUCACCAGACCCAGAAAGAUUCAGCAAACUGGAGAGAUUAAGAGCCGCACAGUUGCGAGUAUUGGAUUUCUUGCGAUCUAUUGUCAAGAAGAGCAUGGGAUCGGAAUUGAAGAAGUUAUUAUUACUUGAGCGGCCAAUCGAGAUGGAUAUCAUUCUAAUACGAGUGUGCCAGGAAACCGAGUAUUUCAGCGAGAUGAAAUGCUUGAAAACGGGAAGCAGUAUUAUGGAUCGGAAGAGCAAGCUAUUCAAAUGCUCUCCGUACUUGGACGAAGUGAGCAUACUGCGCGUCAAGGGAAGAAUCGACGUAAUAGAAGGAGUCGAAGUAAACCUAAAGCGACCCAUAAUCCUACCAAGAAGACAUCGAUUUACAUAUCUGCUGGUUGAGUCGUAUCAUCGCCGGUACCAUCAUCUGUACGACGAGAUCGUGGUCAAUGAACUACGGCAAAAGUUCCUGAUAUUUGGUCUGAGAGCCUUGGUGAGAGAGGUUUCUCAAACUUGUCCAGCAUGCCGGAUGAGGCGCGCGCGUCCUAGGCCUCCAGAAAUGGGAAGUCUACCGCGCGAGCGUUUGGCGCACCACAUGGCGCCGUUCACCUAUACAGGAGUGGAUUACUUUGGGCCCAUCGACAUCAUCGUUGGACGACGGCACGAGAAGCGCUGGGGUGUUCUGUUCACAUGCCUCACAAUUCGUGCCGUACACCUGGAUAUCGCAACGUCACUGUCAACCGACUCUUUUCUUUGUAUUCUAAAGGCAUUUAUAGUGAGACGUGGUUGCCCGCGACGAAUGAUGUCCGAUAAUGGAACUAACUUCCGAGGUGCGAGUAGAGUGUUAAAAGAUGAAGUGGAGCGUAUAUCGACCAGGGAUGUGGAGACCAAAUACCCAGAAAUGGAGUUCAUGUUCAUUCCGCCAGGCUCACCGCACAUGGGCGGUGCAUGGGAAAGAUUGGUACGCUCAACAAAGUCCAUUCUAACGGAAAUCUUGCCGCCUGGUGGAUUGCGAGAAGAAGUGCUUCGUGCUGCGUUGGCUGAUGUGGAGGGUAUUCUCAACUCACGCCCACUCACAUAUGUACCACUGGAAUCGGCAGACUCAGAAGCGCUUACACCGAACCAUUUCCUCUUGGGCCACUCUAGUGGAAUUCGUGAACGAGACAGCGAAAUACAAAAUGGUAACAAGCUUGCCAAAGGAUUCAGAAUUUCGAGCCAGUUAGCCGAUCAGUUCUGGAAAAGAUGGAUUCGAGAAUAUCUGCCAACGCUUACGCGCCGUACCAAAUGGUUCCAUCCGCCGCCAGAUUUGAUCGCCGUGAAUGACAUUGUUGUUAUCGCAGAUGAGAAUGGCAAACGAAACAGCUGGCCCAAAGGAGUUGUGGUAGAUAUUCACCGAUCGAGAGACGGUCAGCUGACAAUCAGGCAAAUCAAUCAAAUGGCCCAAGCCAAACAGAGAUUUGGCCAUAAAGCAAAGAACAUGGCCAACGGCAUCGGCGGUUACUUCGUUAUUGUGUUUGAGCAGCACUUGGACGUGUCCAACAAGAAUGCUAUCGACGCCACAUCAACAUCAGCUGUCGUCACAUAA